AUGAUGCGGCUCAACCUGGACCUACCCAAACAGCCCCGCAACCGAGAAGUCAGGGCUUGUCUACCUUGUCGAAACGGGAAGAUCAAGUGCGAUCAAGCGAAGCCGCGGUGUCAGAAAUGUGUUGCCAACAAUCGAACCUGUGUAUAUGUUUCAAAGAUCCAAGAACAUAUCAAAUCGCCUGAGGAUGUCCAAAAUAAGCCAUCAUUGGCUGCGACUAAGCCACUACUGCAGGCGGAUGGCUUGAAUCAUGUACUGUCCACAAAGUCGUCUAGUCGUGCAAGACUACCCAGCCAGACCACCUUGCCUGGUCAGGUCGGACUCCUCACCGCUGGCGAUGAUGCUCAAGUCCGCUAUUACGAGAGCUCUUCAUGGGUAGCGGCGCUGCGGGACCUUGAAGGUUCCCAAUCGUCACUCUCUCCUCCUACAAGCAAUGCAGAUAGCCCAGACUCUCUGUAUUCUCUCGGUGCCAUUUCGCAAACUACUUCGGAGAUUCCGGUGGGAGAGAUCUAUGAGUUCGUCAAUCUACCAGAAGUAAAUCGACUGAUUUGCUGGUAUUCAGAGUUCGUACAGUUUUGGCAUCCCGUUGCGGACGGCCCAAGCGUCGUAGCUGCGUUACGGUGUAUACGCUCCCGAAAACCCUGCCCAGCUGGUUCCUCGGCUCUACUGGCAGCCAUAUGUUAUUCAGCCUCCUCUUCUCUGCAUACUUCAACCGAGGUAGAGUCUUCAAGUUUCGAACCUUCAGCGUGGAAAGAACUCGCACAGCAGUUACUAUCUACUUCUCAAUAUCCUCAACGACCGAAUCUCAACACCAUACGUGCCGCAUUUCUACUGGCCGCGCCUAGCAUGGCUGAGUGGCAUAUUGACCCAGACCCAGCUCCUAUCUCCGUACUGGUCCGAGCUGCUCAAUCCCUAGGCUUACAUCGCGAUCCGGUAUCUUUUCAUUCCUCUCCUCGGGAAGCCGAAUCACGCCGUAUCCUGUGGUGGUGCAUCCAAAACUUGGAUGUCGGAUAUUCUUUUGCUCAUGCUUUACCACCUCUGAUCCACUCAACGAGUUCGGACGUGAAAGUUAUCUCGGGAAACAGAAAGCUUGAAACAAAGCUCUUAGAGACGCAAAUCCGUUCGAAUCUGCUUUUCACCAGGAUAGCAGAGGAAAUGUACAGUGUGCACAAACCAACGCAAGAUUCAUUUCAAAGGUUAAAAGAAGAGGUCAACAAUGUCUACAAUUACACCAUGAACGAGAUAAGCCAGUCAGAGGCAAACAACCAAAGUGAUCUCGAACGUUUCAUCAUGCUGUGCCAACGACUCCACUGCUAUAAGUUGGUCUUCAUCUUGCAUCAGCCUUACCUCCGAUCAACUAGUUGGCCUCAAGACUCCAGGCGGCUGGUCCUAAAUGCCAGCACGUCUUAUAUCAAGGAGUUCUUGGCCGGUUUGGACGAUCCGUCUUUCGCACCGUACCAAUGGUUGCUGAAUCACUAUAACGCCUAUCAUGCAUGUGCGAUAGUCCUACAAGAUCUCAUUCAGUUCCCGUACAGCAACGAAUCGGCCGAGCUUCUAUCAGUUGUAGACCCAACCAUCCACAGGUUCUCACAGCAGCAGAUCCUUUUCCGCCCUUGUCCACCAUGCAAAAAGCUCUGUCUCCUGCUUACGAAAGCAUGCGAGUCAAAUCAGUGGACCACUGUUGCGCAGAACAUUGACUCGAGGAUUUUUGACGCUGUGAUCGAAGAUUGGGAUCCGAUAUUCUCGUAUGGCGCAUGGGAUGACAGAUAUCCAGCGGAGUUACCAGGCUCCGGUCAGCCGUUUAGCACCGUCGCCUGA